UCUCUUUUUUAACACGUACAGCUUCUCUUAACAAGAUGGAAGAAUUCAAGAUUGAAGAAUACGUCCCGCCGACAACCAAAAUUCCUUUUCAAAGCGAUAAGGAAUACCAUGUGUUUCUGAGUUUCAGGGGAGAAGAUGUGAGAAAGAAUCUGGUGGAUCAUCUCUAUCAAGCUCUCACUGCUGCCGGACUCCAUGUUUAUAAGGACGACGACAAAUUGGAAAAGGGAGAUCUGAUUUGGCCGAGCUUGGAAAGAGCAAUUGAGAGCAGCGCUGUACUCAUCCCUGUAUUUUCAAGAGGCUAGGCUAUGCAGAGUCCACAUGGUGUCUCAAUGAGGCGGCCUCAAUGGUGAAGACCAAGGGUUUUAUCAUUCCUGGGUCCAACUCAUGUUAGAUAUCCUCUAGGCAACUCCAGUCCGUACAAGCAAGCAUUUCUAAAACAUUAUAGCCAUUCCGAUCAAAUGCAAAGAGAAGAAAUUGAAUGGUGGAAGUAUGCUCUUCAACAGAUCUGUCCAUGCCUAAAACUUUAUGGGCAUUCAGUUCGAUACCCAAGAAAAGAGAUCGACGGAUGGAAGGAUGCCCUUGAAAAGAUCUGUUCGCGCUCAGGGUGGUCCAUGGAUUUGACUGGAGGUUUCCAAGCCCAGCUAGUAAAGACCGUGGUGAAUGAUGUCAUUAAGAAAGCGUGACUGAUGAUCUCAUUCAGAAAUUUAAACUCAAUUCAAAGGAAGGUGUUGUUAAAGCUGGAUUGUGUGGCAUUGGCGGUAUUGGCAAGACCACACUUGCCAAGGCCCUCUACAACCAAGUUUAUACUCAGUUUGACGCUGCUUCCUUUGUUCAACGUCCGUACCACUGCAGCAGACAAAACAGGCCUUACAGAUUUGCAGAAGCAAAUUCUUCAAGAUUUAUCCAACUAUAAUGAAAAUGUGCAGAGCGUUGACAAAGGCAUAUCCUUGUUUAGAGAUCGUUUGGGAGGAAAACGUGUGCUUCUCAUUUUAGAUGAUGUGGAUGCUGAGGUGCAAUCAAAUGCUUUGGUUGGGGAUUGGUUGGCCCCUGGUAGCAGAGUCAUUAUUACUUCUAGAGACAAACACAUGCUCCAUUUUGCGCGGGUUUCAUCUGAAUGCAUCCACGAGAUGAGUGGAUUGCAGAUAAAUGAAGGUCUCAAAUUAUUUAGCUGGCAUGCAUUUUUGAGAGAAUCUCCAAUCCCCACUCACGAGGAUCUGGCCAAAAGAAUAGUGGAAGCUUGUAAGGGGCAUCCUCUUUCGCUAGAAGUGAUUGGAGCCUUUUUGUAUGACAAGCACAAUGAAACAGAUUGCUGGACAGAAGCUGUUGACAACAUUACACUCCAUGCAGACAAUCACAAAACACUCUACAUCAGUUAUAGUGCUCUUAGUGAAGAGGAAAAAGAAAUAUUUCUUGACAUCGCUUGCUUCUUCAUCGGAGAACACAAAAAAAUUCCCAUUAUUUUCUGGAAAUCUUUGUACAGGAGGGUACACACAGCUAUAUCCAAUCUUUCUCUGAAGUUACUGAUAAAGAUUGAUGAGAAAAGUGUAUUUGAUAUGCAUGACCAUUUGCGGGAUAUGGGGCGGACCAUUGCUGAAGAGGAAAAACAGGGUACUCGACUAUGGCAGACAGCUCAUUUAAGCACCGCAUCGAAUAUUAUCAAUUUCUCUCGCAUUCGACUGAAUGGAGGUAAUUUGGCAAGGCUUGAAACAGUGAACAGACCUGGUCUACGAUUUCUUCACUUGAAGAAUCUGGUCAUGGACACGCUACCCAUGCUUCCUUCAAGUUUAAUAUGGCUACAGUUGGAAAAAUGUAGCUUUGCAAUACAAGAAACAUUUCAAUUCAGUGUUGUGGGUGACAUUUUGCAAAUGAGGAUAAUGCAAGUACAUGGCGGUAACAUUUCCUUCAACUCUGAUAUGAUUGGCAACCUAUCACAGCUGCAACAUUUAGAUUUGGAAGAGUGUACAAAUUUAAAUAACCUUCCUGAUAUCAUUGGCAACCUAUCACAGCUGCAGCAUUUAGAUUUGGGAGGAUGUACAAAUCUAAAUAACCUCCCCGAUACCAUUGGCAACCUAUCACAGCUGCAGCAUUUAGGCUUGAGAUGGUGUACAAAUGUAAAUAACCUCCCCGAUACCAUUGGUAACCUAUCACAGCUACAACAUUUAGGCUUGGGAUGGUGUACAAAUGUAAAUAACCUCCCCGAUACCAUUGGCAACCUAUCACAGCUGCAGCAGUUAGACUUGAUAGGAUGUAGAAAUCUAAAUAACUUCCCAAAUACCAUUGGCAACCUAUCAUAGCUGCAGCUUUUAGACUUGACAGGAUGUAAAAAUCUAAAUAACAACCUAGAUACCAUUGGCAACCUAUCACAGCUGCAGUAUUUGAUACCAUUGGCAACCUAUCACAGCUCCAGUAUUUGAUGACGUCCAAAUUUAUAUAACAUUCCUGAAACCGUUGGCAACAUGCGAAUACUGAGCCAUCGACGCUUGCAAAUACUGGGCUGUCGACGCCUAUGAAGAGAAUGCGCACAGUUGGUGGGAAGAGAGAUUGAAGUGAGAGAUGCGCUCAAAUUUGGAAGUUCGGAGAUGCGCUUUAAUGAUGAUCAGCGAUUGUCAGAGGCCUCUUCAGUGGUACGAGCCAGGAGAAAGCGCAUGAGGCGAUUCUGACAUUUCUGUUUUGAAAUGUAUGGCGUUGCAAGAGCUGGUGCAUGAUACAGAUACAAAUAAUCAGUUGUUUGGACAUUUGACAAUCAGAGAAGUUGUGAAUCGUCUCGCUUGCGGUUCGAGAAAUGGCCAGUGGUGGUGUAACAGUGGCAAUUAUAUGUUUGAUGGUGUUUUGUAGAAAAAGUGCAGAGGCCACGGACAAGAUCCAGUUGCAGGAGUAUUGAACAUGGAGACACCCCUGGCAUCAACCUAGCAGAGUUAGCACACGUGAUGCUUUGAUUUUGGCAUGAGAAAAACUAAAAGCCCAUACCAAUAUCACUUUACAGUAGUAGUUAUAACAAGAAAAAGGCCUACAAGUGUUAAGUUUCAGGCAGGGAGUAGUGAAUCGCCUCCUUUCGGUGCCCAGAAGCUUUGUGAUGUCAACUCGCUGUUGAUGACCGUUAUGGAGAACUUCUAGACAUUUGGCAGGAGAUUAGAGAAGACCAAGCCAAAGAGCUUCAAGAACUUCCAGAUUUUAUGUCUGCUGCUCUAGAUCAAAUUUACAAGAAGGUAA